UGGGUGGCCCCUGUGUGGCAGCCAGUAAGAUUCUCAGCCUGCCUGCUUGGGGAAAGGGAAAGCGGGCGGGAGGAGAGAGCUUUCCUUCCCGAUAGGAUAGGUGGAGAAAGAUCGCUGCUGUGUGUCCUUCUUUCUGACUAAGGUGCUUCUGUUGCUCCAUAAAUAAAACGUCUCACUGCCUUCUUCGAGCUCUAUAAAGGCAGCGGAACAGCUGUCCCGGGGGGCAUUCCAGGCGGGAUAGACAAAAGACAAAGCAGGUCAUGGCUGCGCGGGGCAGCAGGGCGGAGCCGCAGCUCCCAGAGUACAGCUGCAGCUAUGUGGUGUCGCGUCCCGUCUACAGCGAGCUCGCCUUCCAGCAGCAGCACGAGCAGCGCCUGCACCAGCGCAGGACGCUGAGGGAGAACCUGGCCUCGGGCUGCAGUUGCUCAAGAAAGAAAGUCAUUGGUGUGCUGAAGACUCUCUUGCCCAUCUUGGACUGGCUCCCCAAAUAUCGAGUUAAGGAAUGGCUACUUAGUGACAUCAUUUCUGGAGUCAGUACUGGCCUAGUGGGCACGUUGCAAGGCAUGGCGUAUGCUCUAUUAGCUGCAGUACCUGUUGAAUAUGGUCUCUACUCUGCUUUUUUCCCUAUACUGAUAUACUUUUUCUUUGGAACAUCAAGACACAUCUCAGUUGGACCUUUUCCAGUGGUCAGUUUAAUGGUGGGAUCUGUUGUUCUGAGCAUGGCUCCUGAUGAACGAUUUCUCACAUCCAGCAAUAAUGGAACUGUAUUAAAUAGCACUGUGAUAAACCCUAUGGCUAGAGAUACAACAAGAGUAUUGAUCGCGAGCACCCUUACACUUUUGGUUGGAAUCAUACAGUUGAUAUUUGGAGUUUUGCAGAUUGGAUUCAUAGUGAGGUACUUGGCAGAUCCUUUGGUUGGUGGUUUCACAACAGCUGCUGCUUUUCAAGUAUUGGUGUCACAGCUAAAGAUCGUCCUCAAUGUUCCGACCAAAAACUAUAAUGGAGUUCUUUCCAUUAUCUAUACUCUGACUGACAUCUUUAAAAAUAUUGGUGAUACCAAUCUUGCUGAUUUUACUGCAGGAUUACUCACCAUUAUCAUCUGCAUGGCAGUUAAAGAAUUAAAUGAUAGAUUUAGACAUAAAAUCCCAGUCCCUAUUCCUAUAGAAGUAAUUGUGACAAUAAUUGCUACUGCCAUUUCAUAUGGAGUCAACUUGGAAAAAAACUACAAUGCUGGCAUUGUUAAAUCCAUCCCAACAGGGUUUUCAUCUCCUUCGCUUCCAUCCGUGAGCAUGUUUUCUGAAAUGCUGGCCUCGUCGUUUUCCAUUGCUGUAGUGGCUUAUGCCAUUGCAGUGUCCGUAGGAAAAGUAUAUGCCACCAAGCAUGAUUACACUAUCGAUGGGAACCAGGAAUUUGUUGCCUUUGGGAUCAGCAAUAUCUUCUCAGGUUUCUUCUCUUGUUUUGUGGCCACCACUGCUUUGUCCCGCACUGCUGUCCAGGAGAGCACUGGGGGAAAGACACAGGUUGCUGGAAUGAUCUCAGCUGGGAUUGUGAUGAUUGCCAUCCUUGCUCUGGGAAAACUGUUAGAACCCCUGCAAAAGUCAGUCUUGGCAGCUGUUGUAAUUGCCAACCUGAAAGGGAUGUUUAUGCAGGUGUGUGACAUUCCUCGUCUAUGGAGGCAGAAUAAGAUUGAUGCUGUUAUCUGGGUGUUCACGUGCAUAGCGUCCAUUAUUCUGGGCCUGGACCUCGGCUUGCUAGCUGGUAUUAUGUUUGGAUUAUUGACUGUGGUCCUGAGAAUUCAGUUCCCCUCAUGGAAUGGCCUUGGAAGCAUCCCGAGCACAGACAUCUACAAAAGUACCAAGAAUUACAAGAAUGUUGAAGAACCUGAAGGAGUGAAGAUUAUUAGAUUUUCUAGUCCUAUUUUUUAUGGCAACGUUGAUAGUUUAAAAAAGUGUAUCAAGUCCACAGUUGGAUUUGAUGCUAUUAGAGUAUAUAAUAAGAGACUGAAAGCACUGAGGAAAAUUCAGAAACUCAUCAAGAAAGGAAAAUUAAGAGCAACUAAGAAUGGCAUUAUCAGUGAUGCGGGUUCAUCAAAUAAUGCCUUUGAGCCUGAUGAAGAUAUUGAAGAUCCAGAAGAUCUUGAUAUUCCGACCAGGGAAAUAGAGAUUCAAGUAGACUGGAACUCUGAGCUUCCAGUCAAAGUAAAUGUUCCUAAAGUACCAAUCCAUAGUCUUGUGCUUGAUGGUGGAGCCAUCUCUUUUUUGGAUAUUGUUGGAGUGAGAUCAUUACGAAUGAUUGUCAAAGAAUUCCAAAGAAUUGAUGUAAAUGUCUACUUUGCAUCGAUUCAAGAUCAUGUAAUUGAAAAGUUGGAGAAAUGUGGUUUCUUUAAUGAUAACAUUAAAAAGGAUAUAUUCUUUUUGACUGUCCACGAUGCUGUCCUUCAUCUACAGAACCAGGUUAAGUCCCGAGAGGCACAGGAUUCCAUUUUGGAAACGCUCACUCUCAUCCAAGACUGUAAAGAUCCUCUUGAAUUAAUGGAAGAAGAACUAAUUGAAGAAGAACUUGAUGUUCAAGAUGAGGCUAUGCGCAGACUUGCUUCCUGAAAGUCUCUCAGCUGUAAGCUUGGACUACAAGGCAAGAUUCACCUAUGCAAAUAUUUUCUGCAUUGAUGAUUUCUUUGACCAUGAAACACAUUAUUUCUCCAUGGCACUUCUUUGUUUUGUUUUUGUCGGGGGGAUCCAACCCAGGACCUUAACGUGACAAAGCAUACACUCUACCACUGAUCCAAAUCUCUGGUUCUAGAUUUUUUUUUUUUAAAGUAUUUAAUUUUUUUAACCUCUCAUCCACUGAAAUUCUUUUUUUUUUUUGGCUCCAGGGUUAUUUCUAGGUGCAGGCACUGCGAUUCCACUGCUCCUGGAGGCUAUUUUUCCCCCCAUUUUUGUUGCCCUUGUUCUUAUUCUUAUUGUUAUUGUUGUUAUUAAUACCGUUGUUGUUGGUUAGGACAGAGAGAAAUGGAGAGAGGAGGGGAAGAUAGAGAGGGUGAGAGAAAGAUAGACAUCUGCAGACCUGCUUCACCGCCUGUGAAGUAACUCCCCUGCAGGUGGGGAGCCCGGGGCUUGAACCAGGAUCCUUACGCCGGUCCUUGCGCUUUGUGCCACCUGCACUUAACCCACUGCACUACCGCCGGACUCCUCUAAGCCACUAAAAGUGAAUACAAAUACUGUUUCUAGGUUUUAUUUAUAAAAUAAAUAGCAUGCUUUUAAAUGUGCAUAAUGGGAACAAGAAUUGUGUAGGCAGUGUAGCAAUGUCUGUGAUCUGCUGUUGCCAUGUUGCUGGUUGCCUGAUUAAAUUAGCUAUUUUUAAAAAAUAUUUUACUUAUUUUUGUUUUAAUGAGAGAGAUACCUAGAGAAAAACACAGAAAGACCAGAACACUGCUCAUCUCUGGUUUAUGGUAGUGCUGAGGAUUGAAGUUGGGACCUCAGAACCUCAGGCAUGAAAAUCUUUAACCAUUAUGCUGUCUCACCAGCCCCAGAUUUGUUAUUAACCUUCAGGUAGGUGCUGGAGUACUUCUGUUCAGCUAAAGUACGAGUAUUCCAGCAUCCUUUUUGGUGUGGUGAUCCUAGCUGAUCUUGAUAUUUAUGAGCCUUAUUAAUCAUUGUAAGAGGGCGUAAUGAAAUGGUGAUGCAUUUAUCAAUAAAAGUCUUCAAAAUCACUUUUGGCAAAUAUAUCGGAAAACUCUUAAAACUUUAGGUAUGGUGAGUAUUUAAUAAUGAACUCUUACCACGUGUGAUCCGAUAUGUAAAUAGAAUUCAGAAUCAAGAAAAUGGUUCACUUAAAAGCUACAGAACUGGACUGAUCUAUUCAGAAGCAUUGGUUCAGAGAAGUAAAGCAAUAAAAUAAUUAUCCUAGGUUAUAGGAAUCACUUUCCAUUAUGUUAAUAAUCAUGGAUCACAAAAUCAGUUGACAGAUUAGCCUAAAAAAUCUCUACUGAAUGUGUAUUGCUUUUAUAUCAUGGUAAUGGGGGGAAAAUCAUAAGUCAGAGUUAGGGACUACCUGUAUAUAUUUGUUUUUAAAUCCAUACUUUAAGCCAGAAAACAUUAUUUUGUAUUUUCUGCUAAUCUUUUUUUGAGUGCCAAUAGUUUUUUAGGUAUUAUUUCUAGCAUAUAGACUUUGGUCCUGUGGACUACUCCCAUAUAUUUCACACUAGAGUGACUAAAGUUAUAAUUUUUUUUAUAGAAAAAUAAAAACUCAGGUCCACAAUCUAGGCAAUGCUAUGCUUGACUGAAGAUUGUAUGAUACCCUUUGUCACAGAUGCGUGAAUUUCACAAGUGUGUCUUGCUACCCAAGAACAAUAUUUCUUUUAUUCAGUACAAUCAGAAGUAAGAUUAUCUACAUGGGAAGGAAAAACAUCGUUGGUCAUAUCAGACCAACGAUGCAUCACCAAGCAUCACCAUCACAGCCUCCAUAUUAUAUAUUGGAAUUUGAGUGAAUUAUAAUGGAUGGUGACAUUACAAUAACCUUUCUUGUGCAUUGGUUAUGCUGUCUUUAACUUAAAAUGACAGUUUUCUUGUGUUGAAUAUAUUAUAUAACUGGGAUUAUAUAAUAUUUCAUUUUUAUAGUAAUACUUCUUAUAGCAGCAAAUCAUAUUUCUAGACAGUGAAUGUAGUAGCCUUGCAGAAAAUGAAUGACUACCUCUGUUCAAUAGAGGAAGUAUGCACCGCUCACUUUUCUUAAAAAAAAAUAGUGGAAGGAAAUGUCAAAGUUACAUUUAUAAUAAUGGUAGAGUUUUAUAAAAUAAUUGGGCCAUUUGUAAUGACACAACACCACAGUCCAUUUGAUUUGUUUCUUAAACCCACUCAAGGAAUAUUGUCUUUUCUAGACAUUUUGUAAAUAGUAAGCAUACUUUCAAUUUUGUAUUGUCAAUAGAAUUUUUACUUGAAAUUAAAGCUAUUCUUUGUUAUAUUACUAACCUAUACAAUAACAUUCCAAUAUUGUGAAUUAAUUUCAACAACAUCAUGGUAAAUAAAAGCAUGUGUAUCUGGAAAUAUUUGCAUUUAUUUUUAUUAAAUGUAAAAAUUGUCUUUUAAAGUACUCUGAUGUGUUUUUUCUGAAGAAAGCAAUUAAAACAGAAUGAAAAUGGUACAUUAUUAAUGGACUAUUGCUCUCACAAGUUAUCAUUUUGAUGUGUUCUGUAUAAUUCUAUUUCCAUUUAACUGUGUGCAAUUUCUUUUUGUAAAUACAUCAAUGCAAUAAACAAUGCUAGCCACAAAUGUC